CAGUGCUGUAGUCAGACAGUUGUUUUCGACAUUCUUAUUGAUUUUACAACAAGUACUUGCAAAUGCUAUUUGUUCACCAUCUUAUCAAUCAUGUCAAUUGUGAUUAGACACAUGGAACGAUAGUUACACACUUCGAUUUAAUUGUGUCGUCCGAUUUAAGUUUUUGUUGUUGGUGCAUGAGAAAAAAGGUUGCAUAAUCAUUAAAAUGGGAAUAAUCAAUUUCGUCGCGACCACAGUUUUCAUCCUGUUAUUCUCCACCAUGUUGGUGAGAUCCAGCAAAUGCCCAUCAAUGUGCAAAUGUGACACGUUCUCGGUAUCAUGUGUGGAAAAAUCCAUAGCGUACAUCCCGAAUUUCGACGUUUUGGAAAACAGCCCCUCGGUCAUCGAUUUAUCAGGCAACGACAUCACCGAGGUGCAACGCAACGAUUUCAACUUCGAAGUCAACAAAUACGUGAUCGAAGUCUACCUGAACAACUCCAAUUUGGCUGACAUUCAUCCGGAGGCCUUCGCCGAAAUGAAGAAACUCCAGGGCCUUUAUUUACAGACGAAUCUGUUGUCGAGCGUGCCCGAGGGUUUUAUCAAACGGAACAGGGAUUUGAUCCUGCUGAAUCUGGCGGAAAAUUUGUUCAACGACAUGCCGAAAAUCACGUCCAAGAGUCUCGAGAUUCUGAUACUGUCCAAGUCAGACGUGCACGUCGUUCCAGCCGACAGCUUGGACAAUUUGCCCAACAUACGGCUGUUGAUGCUGGACCAGAACAAGAUCACCCACAUUGCCGUGUCGAUGUUCCAAAGUGCCAAGAGUUUCUUCUACGUGGACCUGCGAUACAAUCCCUGGGACUGUAAUUGUCAAACAAUUCACCUGUUCGAGUACCUGACCAACGAACGAUUCAUCGAUCCAGACGAGCCAGCCAUGUGUUUAACGACCGAGAAGAAAUUUAUGAAGAUCAACGGUGUGAUUGAGAUGUACAAGAAAAAAUGCGCGGAUGACGCCGGGCUCUUGUUUACCGAUUCGUUGGUGAAAGUGCAGAAGGAAGUCAAAGGUGAUUUGAAGCAAUCGCCUUUGAUGACGGUCGAAGAAGGGAGCCCAAGGGUAACCGAUUUGGCCACUAAUCAAAACACGACCACGGUUUGCGUCCUGAACUACAGGAGGUCGGGGGAAAUUGCUAUCGUUGCCACCGUCACCACCAUAGUUGUGUUCGUUUCGUUUACGAUCGGAUAUUUUUUCGGAAAGAGGCAAAAUAUGUACAUGAUGGGAUCGACGGAUAGCAAAUUUAAGUUAAUAUAUCCUAAUUUAUAAGUAGUUUUAUAUAAUAAGAUCUUCAGACUGGUUUUUUAUGUCACGUUUAAAAAUUGAGAAGGACAAUUAUUAGUGUAAUUAUAUUAAUUAUGCAUUUGUAAAUAUGGUUUUAUAGUGUUUUUUAGUCGUAUUUGUCAGCGAAGUUUGUGUAAUUUGUCGAAAUUUGUAAUAAAAUUAUAAAAUCUAA